AUGACGCUUGCCACAUCCGGCUCAAAACAUCACAGUCUGAGUUGCUGCGGUAGCAAUCUUCCUAGUUUUAUCUCUUCAGCCAGAGGCGAAAUCGUUAUGGCGGCGCCAGUACCAAGAUGCGACGACAGCAAUGCUAUGACAGCAAUUGGAUUCAUGCCGCUACCUUGCUCAGAUACCUGGAAUCCACCUGCAGGCGAGGUUGCCGGAGUUCGCUGGUCGCAGAAACAAUGUACCAAAUGCGCCCGACUUCCGACUCCCCAACAACAUGUCGUUUGUGGAUUCUGCUACGAGUUUGGCCGUCGAUUAAUGGAUGAUUGGUAUCAAGCUAUAGUCACAAUGUCUCCUUUGGGGCAGCGAAGCGGAGCUCCUAUGCGGAUGCCAGGACCUGGCGUCUCUGCCCGCAGUAGAAUGAUCACGCCCGCAUGGCCAGCUAUUCCUGCAGCUGGAGCAAAUCGGUUUAGGGAAUUCUGGACACGUCUAUGCGUUCCAUGCGAGCGCCUUGAGCAAGACAACUUUGAACGUUUGAUCUCUAAUCACAAUGCUAACGUUGCCACUCCACUCUAUGCGCCUCCUCCAGACACACUUGGGAUGUGGGACUGGCCCUGGAACACUUGUACCUGUCUCAAAGAGUUCGGAUGGAGUGACCAAAUUCGACAACCGCCGGAUACAAACGACCCCCCUGCUGUUGUACGUGAUCCUGCUCAGCCUGCGAUCCGCAUAACAUCCGGUCCACCUGUGAUGGGAGAUGAAAAAGAGUUUCUCUGCAUUGACCACGGCCACUUGCAGGCCAAAUUUGGUGAUAGACGAGCUCAGAGAAACCUCAAUGACAAAUGGUUACGAGAGACAUCUCGAUCAGCAUCAGGUAAACUUUGUAUUGCGUCAGCGCGCACAAAAGCUAGACGAGACCGACCCGCCAGCUCAAGUCACAGAGCUUGCCGAUGCGGCGGAGACGCCGACACUAAACCCUACGAUGCUGAGGUGCUACUUUGUAUGGCCUGCGAGGGGCUUUGGUGUCUUGUACGAAAAGGUACGCCAGGUUCAAAGUAUCAGAACAUGCAAACUCGAGCAACACGGCGCAAUGCACCCAAUCCCGGUGUCACGUCCCGCUCUCGGAACGUAGGAAACAUGACGCUGGGUCGAGCCCGAGAGAACUUUACUGAUGAAUGA